UUCCAGCUUCAGCAUCAAAAGGUUGGGAACAAAGCCAUGCGGUGUAAGCGCCCAUGUUAUUAUUAAUAUUAUUAUUCAAUAUCUCCAAGGUUAUCGCUUAAUAACUAUUAUUGUUUCGUGACUUUUGCAUGGGUUCUUGAGUCCAGCUACGCAGUACUUGUUGGAGUCGUGCUCCUGCCAUGAGAACUGCCCAAUCAGAGGUUACCCAGGAAUACCCUGAGUGACAGCAGCGACCUUGGCACGAGCCGGUGCGCGCUCGGCCAGUAACAACUUAACAGGGACUUGUGCCCAGGGAAUUCUCCUCCACCCCAGGUCCCCAGCGAACCACUAACUUCACUAAACCUUCCACCACCUACCACCCCCAAGCCCAUCUUCAACCCGUCAAGUUUCUAUGGCUGAGACAGGGUUUCUAGGCCACUCCCUCACCACCGCCGCCCGUCGAUCAUCCCCGAUCCCGCUUUGUGUUUUUGGGCCCUCUGGAUCCAAAAAGCUUUUCUAUUUCGUCUUCAUUCUUCCAAGUGCUUGAUGUGCCCCGAAACACGACCCGCAGUUGUGCCUAGAAGCUCUGUGAGGCCGUAUUUGCUAGUUUGCCUGCCACAUCGUUUGGCUGCGGAAGGCUAACCAGCUAACGCUCAGGGUAACAACAGCCUAGCCCUUGUUUAACCUGUCUGGAACUCUGUCGUUUGCCUCGUUCUUCGUCCAAUAUCCGCUGGCCCUCCUCCUCCCCUCCCUCAGAAUCUCCUCAGAGCAUCCGGAUUACAGCUUGACAGGCAGUCCUUUACAUCCAGCAUUCCUAUCCUCUCUCGAUACCUACCAUAGCCCCGUCAUCGCUCACUGCCUCGACUUCCAUCUCCCGCCCCCCCUCCUCCCGGACACGCUGUACCUCUUCCCGCCCGAUUCUUAGCCCUCGCAAACUGCUCUUCCUGCAUUUUUUUCCCCACUCGGCUUCAACAGUACAUGUACAUCGUUCGACCUCAAUAUUGGUGGCUAGGCGAAAGCCCUCCAUCCCUGAAAGUCUUCAGGCUUCAACUUGGCCGCCGUUAAACACCCUACAUCCUCGCAAUCUUGUGUGUUUACCGUUGACGUCGGUUGAUGCUUAACCCAAAAAUCCUCCUGCCGGGGAGCCUUUUAAAGGUGAUCUCUGGUUCCCGAUCGCAAUAUGAAUCCCGCCAACUUUACCAAUCAUGGCGGUCCGAUGCCGAUGGGAGAUAAACCGCCAUUCCCCCAGAUGCAGAGCCAACAGAAAAAUGAACCUACACAUCAGGUGCUACUAAAACAUAUCUUCGCGGCCUUACAAUCACAGGGUCCAUUUCAGGGUUGGCAACGAGAUGUGCCCAUUCGAGAUCGAGGCUCCAAGAUCUUUCAAAUCAUAUCCUCGCUGCGCCUGGUUGAAAAUAAUCUUCAAAAGAUUUUGACGGCCGCCGUAAACUAUGAGGAAAAGGCUUUUAAACAAUCAAGCGACAGAGCUGAGUAUGAAAGGGAAUGUAGUAACAAGUUAGGACAGAUAAGAGAUAGUAGACAGCAACGUGCGGCGAGUAUGAUGCAGAGUGGUAUGACGAUGUCUCACGGUGGCCCUCAUGCUGGAAUAGCUGCUCCCACACAAAAUACUGCACAGCCAAAUAUGUUCCCUAGUCAAGUUCAGCACCAAAUGCAAGGAUCUCCGAUGCCGAUUCAACAGCAACCACAACAACCAGGAAUGAGAAUGAACAUCCCGAAUCAACAGGCACAGAUGCAACAUCCUGGCUUCCCCCAAAACGGGCUACAACGAGUCAAUGCAGGCGCUUUUCGCGACGAACUGGGCACGCUCCAACCUCACGAAUUAGAACAUGUCCGUCAAAGAGCAGAGCAGAUGAUGCAACAGGCUCCACCCCAUUUUAUGCAGAAGCUUAGAUCAAGCCUUCAAAGUCUGACCCCUGAACAACAACAGCGAAUGGCUCGGACAGGAGUAGAUCCAGUUCUACAUUUUUUCCGCGCGCAGGUCGCAAGGGACCUGAAAAAGAAAAAUAAUCAUCAGGAAAUGAUGCCCUCUCAGAACCCGGUUCCCGACGCUGGGAAUAAUGUGAUGGCCAAUCAGCCGAUGAAUCCCCACCAGAGACAAAUACCUCAGUCACUCAUGGGCCUUCAAGGCAAUUCUACGAUUCCCGUGAGCGAACAUCAAAACCUUGACAACGCAUAUGUGGGAAGUGUUGAUCAUAUACAAGGACAACAGGCAGAUGGAGUCCGCUCACAAGAAGCGGGCCAACUUGUUGUUCCAGCCAGCGUGCCCCAGGUCGGGAGCCAACCACACUUUAACUCGCAGCUGGGCAUGUUUCCGGACGGGCAGCAAAAUGUUAACAGAGGCAAUAUCAAUCCGAUGAUUCUUGCGCAACAACACCAGCAGCGACAGAACAUGCAUAAUUCUCAACAAGAAACUGGGCAACACGCUGUACAUUUCCAGGCGCAGGUUCAGGCUCAAGCUCAGAUUCAGGCUCAGGCUCAGGCUCAGGCUCAGGCUCAGGCUCAGGCUCAGGCUCAGGCUCAGGCUCAGGCUCAGGCUCAGGCUCAGGCUCAGGCUCAGGCUCAGGCUCAAGCCCAGGCCCAGGCUCGUGCGCAAGCUGCGGCAAAGGUACAAAUGGCAAUGUCAUCGCAAGCGAAUCCACAAAUUCCACAAUCUUUGCCGCAACAGAGCCCUGCAAUGUCAGCGAUAAACCGACCUGGAGGUGUCGGCCAGGUCCCCCAGCCCCAGGGUGGUCCUCAGGGCCGGCCUCCCCCAAGACCUCCGGGUAUGGGCCAAGACCAACCCGUGGUUCCAAGCCCGCAACCUGGUAUGCCACCGGGACUGCCUCCCAGUCUUCGCAACCAGCUAGCACAAAUGCACCCAGACCAAGCAGCUCAGUUUAUGCAAAACUAUCAGCGACGCAUGUUUGCGAGUAAUCAAGCAAUGACUCGUCCAGGAGCCCAGCCCGGUGUUCCAGUUCCGCAGACUGCACAAGAAGUUACCCAGCAGCCAACUCGCAAUGGACAGCUGGUCAACGAGGCAGCAAUGCGAAACGCGAUGUCAAUGUCCCCUCAGACAUAUGGCAUGGGUGCGCCGCUUCCCCAAAAUCAAAAUAUUUCCCGCCAAAUAAUGCAACAGCAGCAGCAGCAACAACGGCAACAGGAAAUCAAAAUGCAACUCGCACGGCAGCAGCACGCGAAUAUAGAGCUGACAGAAGAUCAAAUCAAAGAUAUAGAUCGCACUCCCUUUCACCCUCUCCUCAUCAGUUCGAAUAUCAAUAUCACGCAGCCCUUGCCAAAAAAUGUCACGACUUGGGGUCAACUCAAACUUUGGGCGGCACAAAAUCCUCACGCUCUCGGAGAUGCCACUCUGCCGAAACUCCAGGCACUACAAAAAUUCCACUUUGUGCAGCUCAAUCUACGCCGAGAGGCAGCUCGAAAAACAGAGCAAGAGUUCCAAGCGUCUGGGGGCGCAGCCCCACUCGCUCCUGCCCAGUCCCAACCUUUCAAUCCUCAGCAAGGGUUCCAACCAGGGCAACAACAACAGCGCCCUCUUCCAAACAUGCCUAUGCUGCGCCCUAUUAAUGCUAACGACGUCCAGGCCGCUCGACAAAGACUGGGACCUCAAGGACAAAAUCUUACAAACGAUCAAAUUAAAACACUUUUGGAAAGAAAUAGAGAGAGGCAUUUGAUGGAAGCCCGGAAUAGGGCCGCGGCGGCCCAGGCAUUCGCGGCUCAGACAAUGAAUCAAAACCAGGCCCUUCAGGCGUCGGCUCAAUCCCAACCCCAGCCUCUUCCGCACCCUCUACCCCAGCAAAUUCCCGUUCCUGUACCACCGCCUCCAACAACUCAGGCAACCCAGGCAACCAAGACCCAGAUCUCGCCUCCCGGCAGUAAGCCUACAGGUCCCACUAGCACAAAGACUCCACGUGCUCAAGCUGCUAAACAACCGUCGAAAUCUCUCAAGCGGCCCAGCGCUGAUGAUGCGACCGAAGUUCAAAAUCCAAUCGCACAACAUCAACAACAACCUAAUGUCUCAGGGGUACAAGUUCCUACGGUUCAGCCUACCACUAAACCAGCGGUUGCUGUCGCCCCGCAACAAAAGCCCCAGUUGGAAGGCCGUAUGCGCCGGCAACAAUCACAACCGAGACAACCCAUUUCGAAAGCUGCCGCCGAAGAGAUUUGGAACCGCCUUCCCGAGCAUAUUAGGCAACUAUAUUCGGAAUGUGUCAAGCAGGAUCGUACUAAUACCCCAGUUGCAAUGUCGAAAGAUCACAAAUUGAUUAUGUCGAAACUACUUACGGACUGUACCGAUAUGCUUGGGCGGAUGGAGGCGCUGGUCCACUGGGUCGCUAAAUUACCUAACCAAGAGAAAACUCUCCAAACGCUAUUGCAAAUGAGAGUUGCAUUGAUGAAACAGUUCAAAGGCCCGGAUUGGCAACUAGUCGACCAGUUUACAAUUACACAGCACCAAGUAGUUUCCGCCAUUACAUACAUCAAAAAAUGGUUUGCCGCGAUGAUCAGCCACCUGCCGAAAGCGAAUCAAGCUGCAGCAGCCGCAAGAAAUGCCGCUCCGGCCCAGGCUUCACAGCCUCCGCCAAAUGCGCAGCCACAGCCCGCCAUUCCACCUCUGAAUGCAAGUAAUCUUCAACAACUUGAGCAGCAGCAAGAAGAAGCUCUUCAACGUGCAAGACGAGCGCAGAACCAUGCAGCCCCUCCCGCGCCGACGACCUUACAACCACCUUUCCCUCUAGGGGCGCCAUCUCCACAAGGUGUUCCCCAUGCAUAUGGGCCACCUGGCUUGACCAAGGAUAAAUUGGUAAUUCCACCAACAAAGAGACGGAAGCAAAAUCCAGCGGCCAAAACACCCACCGCUUCAUCAACUCCCGCUCAAUCCGCAUCUACACCUCAGAGCCAAAAGCCGACGCCAGCAACUGAAACAAAUAAACCGACUCCGCUAGUUUCAAGCUCCUUCCGAUGUCCUGUGUCGGAAUGCGAUCGUCAUAUUAGAGGCUUUGCCUCUCAAGCAGCUUUGGAUACCCAUACUAGUGAGCUCCACAAAGUUGAGGAACCCGUUGAAAAUGCGCUUGAAUUUGCCCUUGAUAGUUAUCGCACUGGCUUGCGUAUCGAUCAACAAGAAAAGAAAGCGCAAGAGGUAGCAGAAGAAGAAUCCAAACGGAAAACUGCUCCUGGCCCUGAAGCACAGCCUCAGCGCCAACCAGCCAAGCCAAGCUCUACCCCUAGGAUUAAGGGCGAACAUAUGACACCCGGAGCUACCCCCGUGGGUCGCUCAGCAAGCCAGGCUGGGGUGAAAGUUUCUCCAAGCUCGAACAAUACAAAGCUAUCACAAGGACCUGCCGCCGCCAGCAAGGUAACAGUCGGGCCAAAUGCUAAAACAUCACAGAGCAAAGAAGCCAAAAAGGACACGGGUAAGAGCGGCGAUCAAGAAUCACCUCCCGCAGAUAUGGUCUUCGUCAAGGACCCGUGGGCCGAUAGUGCAAUCUCGCUUGAGACAAUCCGCUCCGCUUUUAGCGAUUUGGAGGACCAGGUCUGGUCAUUCCCCGGACUGGGGCCGGAUCCUAUUGAAGAAUUGUUGAUCUCAGAUGUCUUCACGAAUAUCCGAGAGAAGGAUACACCGCAGUCCACGGAUACCAGCGCGAAUACGCACACACCUAAGGACACUGAUAGCCCCAAGGAUGACGACCCCGAUGUGAUCAUGAGCGGCUCGAGUGAUGACAGCUGGAUCCCGUCGGACUGGGUCAAUCUUCCCGGACAACUGGAAGGGGGUUUGCUUAUGAACGAGCCCUGGGAGGAGGUUAACUGGGAUGCCUUGGAAGAGAAUGAGUAUGACCUUAAUGGGAACAAUCUUGAACAGGUUGUGUAUUCGAUAUAAUUAUAUACGGCUGAUCUUGUUUUUUUCUCUUAAAAAAAAUAUGUUGUAUUUUCUUCUAUUAUUAUUUCCCUUUGAUUCUUUAAGGGAAAGUGGUUGGCAAAAAAACAUGGACUAUCCAUCAGGAUGGUUAAUAUGGCAUGGUGAUUGGGGAUUUUGGUGUCUUUUGAUUGUUUUCCCCUCCAUCCGCAUACAUUAUAAUGGAUUUUUGUUUUAUUUAUAUACGGGCUUCACAUGCCUGUCGAGUGCAUCUUUUGUUUUAUUCAUGCCCUCUUACCUUGUUCAGCCUUUUCCCAUUAUUUUGCUUUUCUUUCUUUGAACAGCAAGGUGUUUCUGGCUUUUAGAUUUCACGGGCGUUGUCUUUUUACCAUACUUUUGAUGUCGUUUUUGGGGUGUUUUAAAAACGCCCAUUGGCGAGGGCUUUUUGGUUAUGUACUCCUUAUGAUGUGUCUUUAUUCCAAUGGUUUCUUACCUUGCUAUUCGCGCUUUGCGUACCAAGUAAAUGGGCAAAAUAAAUGCUUCUUUAAUCAAAUAAUGUAUUUUGAUGCUCUUGGAUUGAAAUGGUCAAGAAGUAAUGAUAUAUUCCUCCGCUGACG